AAGUGAGAAAACAACCAUUGCAAAUUUGCAAUAUUGCAUAGUGCCGUGGCUGCCGUCGCCUAGGGCUUUCACCGCACUAACACUCCCAAGUCCCAAGUCCCAAUUCCCAAUUCCCAAAUCGAAGCUGCUCUCCGCCUCUCCGGCAUCCGCCAGUCCGCCGCGCUCUACGUCUCCUGUCGGCUGUGUCCUGCCGUGCUGGUUCAUCGCUGCCGAGUGUCGAAGACGAAGCACCAAGAUCUCACUGAUUCAUCGCUGGUUCAUCACUGCUCAUCUCUGGCUCGCUUAGGAGAACGAAUGCGCAUAGCGGAAGAGAUCACUUUGUUUGAGGAUUCCUAUCUGUUGGAGUAUAAGGAUUGUCAACAAGGGCAUUGUUUUCAACAAAAACAAUGGCAGAUUACCAUUUUGUUUACAAGGAUCUGGAAGGUGCCUCGACGCAAUGGGACGAUAUCCAGAGAAAAUUAGGGAACCUUCCUCCCAAACCCCCUGCUUUCAAGCCCCCUUCUUUCACCCCAGCCGAAGACCCCGACUCAAAGCCGAGAGACAGGGCCUGGGUUGAUGACAAGACCGAAGAAGAACUUGAAGACCUUCAAGAUGAUCUUGACGAUGAUCGCUUCCUCCAAGAAUACAGGAAGAAGAGGUUGGCAGAGAUGAGAGAAGCAGCCAAAAUUGCGAGGUUUGGGUCAGUGAUGCCGAUUUCUGGAUCUGAUUUUGUGCGAGAAGUUUCACAAGCACCUGCAGAUGUUUGGGUUGUUGUGGUUCUUUACAAGGACGGACACGCUGAUUGUGAGCUUCUUUUGCAAUGUUUGGAAGAACUGGCUCAAAGAUAUCCGGCAACCAAGUUUGUGAAAAUUAUAUCUACUGACUGCAUUCCUAACUAUCCUGAUCAAAAUAUUCCAACUCUUUUGGUGUACAACAACAGUGCAGUCAAAGCAAACUAUGUGGGUCUCCGUAGCUUUGGUCGGAAAUGCACACCUGAAGGUGUUGCAUUAGUUCUUUGUCAGUCGGAUCCAGUUCUCAAUGAUGGUCAGGGUGGGGGUGAACAGUCUAAGAAAGAUGUUCUUGAUGGAGUCAGGAAGAGGUUUAUAGAGAAGGUUGUGACAGCGCGCGAAGAUGAUGACGGAUCUUCAAGUGAUUAGACUAGGACUUUUUCUCCCUUUUCUUGGACAGAUUAUUUCUUUUUUAUCUCCUUUACGUUAUGUGUCAACUUAAGGUUUUGGUUUGCAACUAUGGGGAUAUUGUCUGAUAUUUUCCCCAUUAUUAUGCUUUAGUUUAGUUUUGUGGCAGGGUAUUCCAGAUCUUGAUGUGCUUGUUCCAUUUUUUGGCUCUCAUGUACUUUUCAUUCUAGUUGCAAUGAAAAUUUAUUUUGUUUGUGGUGCUGUUUUAAA